AUGACUUCCAUCAUAACAGGGACAGGCACUUCAAACUCUUCUGCUGCCACCAAAUCUCAAACCUGCGUGUCCUGGGGCACUAUCAUUCCAGACCCCUCUAAUUUCACAUCCGCCAGGCUCAUCACCAUCACCGCCCGGGCCGACGUCAAUUGCAGCAACCCCAAGAACGCAGAGUAUCAGUUUGCCAUCUUGCUGUGCGAGUCUAAUGUCCCUGGCAGCACCAUGGCCGACCCUGGUAAUCAUUCCAGCUUUGAUUUUGGGACAGUAACCAUGAACCUAACCACCCCAGGCAAAGUUGAGUUGACCGAGAAUCUAUCCCUCCCACCAGCUAACUCCCAACUCCUGAACCUGAGCUACACCUACCAAGUCCUCUUCACAGACCCAGCCGCCCACACCAACACCUCCUCCUCCUCCUCCUCCUCCUCCUCCUCCACCCUUCUCGCAGAGUCCCCAGCCUUCUUCUUAACCCAACAACAACCGCCACCACCACCACCACCUCUACCACCCACCCCUUCAAACUCUACCUGGACCACAGUCACAGUAAGCUCAACCCACUGGACCACAGCCACCUCCCUCAAAUCCACACUCAACCUAACCAUCACCCCAAUCCCAACCAAGCCCCCCUCCUCCUCCCUCCCGCAGACAACAGCCUCCAGCCAGCAAGACCAACACCAACACCCACCAGCCCUCAGCACAGGCGCCAUAGCCGGAAUAACAGUAGGCUCUCUAACUCUCCUCACCCUCCUCCUCCUCCUCCUCCUCGUCUCGUGCCUCUGGUGUCUGCGCCGCCGCCAUUACCUGACGAGUCGCAGAGCGGCCCGGGGCAAGAGGCUGGAGGAACAGCAACAGCAACAGCAGCAGCAGCACAACCAUGGGGACGAGACAGGCUGCACCAGCACAGAUGAGGAUGCGGAGAGUGGAUUCGAGUUGCAGGACCUUGGUCGUGCUGCUGGUGCUCCUGGGGGCGAGGUGGCCGUGGGACCGGUUUCUGGCCCGGAGGUGCCAGCACCGCAGUCGAGGACUGUGAAGACGGACCCAAGCUGA